UUUAGCUACGAAUGGACAACCACAUAUUGGUCACAUUUCAGCCCUAAAACUCCCAGGGACCUUCUGGAUAUCAGCUUUAUUUAUUGAUCUCUUUGGCAAUUAUGUUGUGGAUUUUUUUGAUACUGCUCAUCGACAGCUUUAAGGGUUUAUCUGGAGGAGAACAUGAGACGCUGUGCACCUCCAAUGCCUGCUUUACACUGCAUAUGGACAGGGUGAGCUUUGAGAAGGCCGGUCAGAACUGUGUCCACAAUGGAGGUUGUCUGAUGACAGUCAGAAACCUAGAAGAAGAGGAUGUGCUGCGAUCGCUUCUCUCACAGAUCCAAAGACAACCUCAGGACAGGGGGCUUGAAUUUUGGAUUGGAUUAAAACUGCACAGAGGGAACUGUGUGUCGGCUGACAAGAGUCUCAGGGGGUUUAAGUGGCUAUCUGGAAAGGAAGAUUCCAACUACUCCAACUGGGAAAAAGAACCUGUCACCACAUGCACAAAGGAGAGAUGUGUAAAGGUUCAUUACACUGUAUCGGGUCAGAACCAACUGAAAUGGACUGCUGGAUCUUGCAAAAGCCCUACUUUUUAUGCAUGUAGGUUUUAUUUUCAGGGAAUGUGUAGACCUUUGGCUCUAUUGGGGCCUGGACAAAUCACCUACACAGUGCCCUUCUCAGAAGAGCCACAAAGAAGUGAAAUGCAAUUAUUUCCGCUCGGAACAUAUGCUGUAAUUUCCUGUAGUGAACAACAGUCUGAUUACUCUGUGUGCAGGGGGAUGGACAGCAGCUUUGGCUGGACUGUCCCUGGUCCAUUUUGCAAAACAAGAAAGCGCUAUUGCGCGGUAAACAACGGCGGAUGUGAACAUUUGUGCCACCAGGACACAGAUGAAGUUCGGUGCUUUUGCAAAGAAGGUUACGACUUGGAUGAGGAUGGACUCACUUGCAGAAUAAAAGCCAUGUGCGGCGCUGAAACCUGUGAGCAUCAGUGCGUAAUGGGGGAAUCUGGGUAUACCUGCAAAUGUCCAGACGGGUUCGAACUAGAGGCGAACCAGCGUAACUGCUCUGACAUUGAUGAAUGCCAGUCACAAGCCUGUAAGCAUCACGUGUGCCUUAAUACGCACGGCAGUUACACGUGUGCGUGUCAAGGAGGCUACGAAAGGGUUGGCGAUAAAUGCAUUGAUAUUGAUGAGUGCACGCAAGUGAGAUGCGAGGACAGCUGCUCGAACAGUAUCGGAUCCUUCUCUUGUCACUGCAAUGAAGGCUUCACUUUAUCCGAGGACGGCCACUCGUGUGUGGAUAAUAAUGAAUGCGUCAGUAAUCUCUGUCAGUUCAAAUGCGUCAAUACGGUAGGCAGCUUCUUGUGCACCUGCCCGCAAGGCUUCCACAUGGAGGCCGAUGGAUCGACCUGCGCUCCAGAUGUGACAGAAAUAUCGGCUGCUUUAUCUGAUGACCCAGCGGGGGAGGAAACGCAAGAGAACUUCACCGAGUCCUUAACCAGAACCACGGUCGAGCUCCAAAACCAGUCCCCUCACACUGACGCGACGAUUCUGGACCUGGUGAACGAUACGCGCGGGGAUCAGCAAAGCAACACAUCCUUGGUGACAGGUUUUACCAAGACAGUUAAUUCCAGGAUGAUGGUCUGCAUCCUCGGUUCAGUCAUCCCUCUGCUGCUUUUGGUGGCAGUGACUCUGGCUAUUGCAAUUGUUAGAUGCAGUCGCUCCAAAAAAGCAGCUAAGAAAAGUACCACCACAGAUGGUUACUGUUGGGUGCCCUCUGGUUUGGACUCGCGUUUAGAGAAACUAUAUGAGUCCAUCUUGACUGAUGACCUAUGACCUGAUAGUGAUGAA